AUGGAUGAACCUAUCAAACCAUAUGAUGAAUUAUACAAAAGUAAUUAAUACAUUUUAGAAGAUAGUAAUCUUGGUAGGAGAUUCAAGUGUUGGUAAAACAAGCUAUUUGAUUAGGUAAUAAAUCAAAUCAAAUUUAGAUUAACCAAAAAUGUUAUCAAAAAACAAUCUCAACCAACAAUUGGUGUAGAAUAUGCAGCAUAAUCAAUUUUAUUACCAGAAGAGGGGAAAAUAGUGAAAUCGGUAAUUUGGGAUACAGCUGGGGCUGAAAAAUAUAAAGCCAUUACUACAGCACAUUAUCGAAAAUCAGAAGGAGCAUUAUUGUUUUAUGAUUUAAGUGAUAAGAAUUCCUUUGAUAAUGUACUAAAUUGGCGUCAAGAAGUAUUGCUCUAAUUUUUAAUAGAGAUUAUUUAAUACACAGAGGACAGUAUAGUUAUUAUGUUAGUUGGUAACAAAUUGGAUUUGAUUCAAGAGAACUUCUCAAAUAGAUGUGUAGCUGUUAAUGAAGUGAAAUAAAUAUGUUCAAAAUACAACAUGAUUUAUUAUGAGACAUCAGCAAAGGAAGGAACCAAUGUUAAGGAAUCAUUUGAACAAUUAAUUAGAAGUUAUUAUUCAAAUUCAAACUAGAAAUUUAUGAGUACAAAUAGUAAUGUAUUGAAGAUGAAAAGUCUUCAAAUCAUUAAGAUUAUCCAAAUUCUGAACAUAAAAGUUCAUAUUAACCAAUAAUACAAUCAAAUUUUGAACAAAGUAUACAAAUUAAAAAACAAUCUGACACUUGUUGUGGUACUUAAUGA